UUUAAAUGUGCCGACGAGUGACAUCAUAUUGUGUAUAUAGGUAAAGUUGAUUGCAUAUUAAAACGCAAUUACUGUAUGGAUGAGCAAUCAGCAUCAUCAUUGACAAUGAACUUCACACAGCAAUUAUUUUUUAGUGUUAAACAUAACCCAGAAGAAUUUAUUUCAUGUCCAAGAAUAGCAUUAAAAGAAUUUAAUUUUGCAAUAAAAAUGAGCUUCUACUACUACUUCUGAAUGCCGUAAAACAUUUGCAUUUUUCGAGGAUUUUACCGUGUACUUUCCAGGAAUAAACACAUCAAAAUGAUUUGUUCUUUAUGCAGAUGUCUUAAUAUUUAUUAUGUCUGGAACGAAAUGGUCAUCUAUAAAUUGAAAGAUGCUCUGAUUCAGCCAUCAUUCAAAAUUGGUCAGUCUCAUUGUAAGCUCGUAAUUUUUUUCUUUUAAUAUCAAAAAAUACGACAAAAAUGCCGAAAUUGUUCACCAUUCUCGCAUUUUCUUCCAUGUUGGCUCUUCCCUUUGUGAGCGCAUCUCCAAUUUUUUGGGAUGAAGCCAAGGAGGAGAAAUCUUCUCUGGAAGGAAUGGACUUCAUGUUGAAAAAGGACUCAAAUUCAUACAAAGAACUUCUUUCCGAUUCGAAUAACGAACCUGCUGCAAUGACACCAAGUAAGAAAGAUAAGCGACAAGUCGUUCUAGAGUUUGGAAUCCCCAGCUUCACAACAUACGGAUACAAUUACUACCAGCAGCCGUACAGCUAUUACAACACUUACGAGUCGUCAGGUCAUGACCAUGGACAUCAUCACCACCACCACCACAGACACCACUCCCAUCAUGAUUAUUGAAGAGAAAGACAAAACAAUUAAUGAUUUUAUCAUUCCGGAAAUAUGCUUGUUUUGUUUUCCUUGUUUAAACAA